AUGUCACCAACUAUUCAUGUCUAUCAUCUCACGCAGAAGCCCACCAUCCCGGGCCUCCCCUCGUGGAUCGCCAACUAUGUGCAAUCCACUUAUGACCCCCCUGGCGAUGGGAACUGUGGUUACCGGUGUGUUGCACAUCAUUUGGCAGUGGUUUACCCCAAUGGCCCCUAUGGAAAACCAGAUGGGUGGCAUCAAGUGCGGACCGAACUCCUGGAGGAGCUUAAUUCAAACAAACCCCUUUGGUCUGGGAUCCUUGGAGGAGACGCGGGGGUUAAACUAGUUGGUGAAUCACUCACCGUCGAUCGUGAGGCAGGUUACGUCCCCUUGCACAAAUGGAUGAGUAACGUAGACAUAGGUCCAUUACUCGCCAAUCGGUACAAUACGCCCGUCGUCUUCGUAUCCACCACAGGGUCAAUGACUUAUCUCCCCACAACAAAGCCCCCCGGAAACCAGCCGACAUGGCCGAUAUUCCUUGGUUUCAUCAAUGGUAACCAUUGGAUCCUGCUCCAUCUGAAACGAGGUCUCAUUCCAUACCCUCCCGUAUUGGGGCUGCCCAGGACCACUCGUGGAAAACCAAUUGAACCCUGGUUGGAAACCAUAAAGCCCUCCCUCGAUCUCUACAUCCAAUCUCCUACAAAAUGA